GGAGGAUUUAGCCGCUGCCUGUAUUUCCUGCUUGCUGUUUCCAUUCGAAGCGAUGGCAGAAGUGAAAGCUUCCCUCAUUUGUGGAGUUGUCGUGGCUUUCCUGAGUUCAGCGGUGCUUGCAGUUGUGGAGGAUCUAGAUGACACAUUUAAACAGGCCAGACUGGACGAUGUCUGGCUUGUUGAUUUCUAUGCUCCAUGGUGCGGGUACUGUAAAAAACUGGAGCCAAUAUGGCAGGACGUGGGAGCAGAGUUGAAGAGCUCUGGCUCUCCGGUCCGAGUGGGGAAGAUGGAUGCCACUGCUUACUCUGGAAUUGCAUCAGAGUUUGGUGUUCGUGGCUAUCCUACAAUAAAACUGUUAAAGGGCGAUCUUGCCUAUAAUUACAAGGGACCAAGGACAAAAGAUGAUAUCAUAGAGUUUGCCAACAGGGUGGCAGGACCGGCAGUCCGGGCGCUUCCCAGUAAGCAGAUGUUUGAGCACAUGAUGAAACGACAUGAUGUGCUUUUUGUUUAUGUCGGCGGAGAGUCUCCCCUCAAAGAGAAAUACAUCGACGUGGCUUCUGAGCUCAUCGUCUAUACUUAUUUCUUCUCGGCUUCAGAGGACGUCUUGCCAGAGACAGUGACUCUGCCAGAACUUCCUUCAGUUGUAGUGUUUAAAGAUGGGGCCUAUUUUACCUACGAUGAGUACGAGGACGGUACCCUGUCAUCGUGGGUCAACAAGGAGCGCUUCCAGGGAUACCUUGAGAUCGAUGGCUUUACGCUGUAUGAGCUUGGCGAAACAGGCAAAUUGGUGGCGAUUGCAGUCAUCAACGAGAAGGACCCAACAGAGGAGAGCAGCAGAUUAAAGACCCUGAUACAGAGGGUGGCAAAGGAAUACAGAGAACAUUUUAACAGAGACUUCCAGUUUGGCCACAUGGACGGGAACGACUACAUCAACAGCCUGAUCAUGGGUGAGGUGACAGUGCCCUCCGUUAUCAUCCUCAACACAUCCAACGAGCAGUAUUUCCUGCCCAGUGAACCGACUGAGACCAUGGAGCAGCUGGUCCAAUUCAUCAACAGCGUUUUGAACGGGUCUGCACAGGCGUACGGGGGUGACGGCAUCAUUCAGAGAGUCAAACGCGUGGCUUUUGAUGCCAGAUCCACCAUCAUGUCGGUGUUUCGCAGCUCCCCGAUCCUCGGCUGCUUCCUGUUCGGCCUACCGCUGGGCGUAAUUAGCCUGAUGUGCUACGGCAUCUGCACAGCCGAAUCGGAUGACAGCGCCGACGACAUCGAUCUCCUGAAGAGGGAGGGCCUCACCGACGAGGAGGAGGAAGAGGAGGACGAGCGGCGACGCGCGCACGAGCUGGAGGGCCCCGAGGACGGCGAGAACGAGGAGGAGGACGAGGAGGAUCUCGAGGAGAAGGCUCCCGAGGAGAAGAAGAUGGAUUAACAGAGGGGGUUCCAGCUGAUGGAGGAUGAUAGGCCUAGUCAAAUAUAGUGACAUGAAACUCAAAGACAUAUCAACUUAUUCCUGUUUUGCUUCUUUGUUUUUCAUCUCACUUUCCUCCUCAUGCCUCCUCCCCCCACCACCACCACCCCACCUCCCCCCUCCCCCCCUCGCACAGACUGUUCUCUCGUCUUUGAAUCCUGUGUGUCAAUAUGGAAGGUAAGCUGCUCGGUGAAGCCAUCCAAAUCAUUUUUCAAACUGUUAGCCUUUUUAAUGCAGGAGCGUCAACAUAACUUUACAGAGAGGGAAGGAUGGCUUCAAAACCAAACACACCGCUUUAUUUAUUAUCAUGAUUCAACCAAGCACAGGUAUAUUCCAUAUAGUGUGACGUACUGUCUUUGUACCGAUGGUAGGUAGUUCUUUUGAAUCAUGUUGAAUGCCCACAUCCUAUUUUCUGUUUUGUAACGAUCAGAGUCCAGUUUUUGCUUUUUUCCCCCCCUCAUAGUUUGAUUUCCAUUUAUGAUAAUACAAAAAAAAAAAAAAAAAAAAGAAACAGAACCAGAUGGUCUUGCCUUCAACUUGAAUAGAGAAUGAAAUACAGAGACCUUUUGUUUACCUCUACCCCACAACCCCGAUAACUCUCCCAAGUGUAGCCCUCUCAUGUACAGUAAUUGUCUUGUGUUGACAACAAAAGGAAGUGAAGUGCCCAAGAAGGAAAAUCUGCCAUAAAUGAAUAAUGUUUUUUUGGUCUAUUGUAUGUUUUCGCCUGAAAAGGCUUAACCUUGAGAUGCAAAGUGCCGAGACAGUCAUGCAUUUCUACUUAUUUCUCAUGGUUGACACCUUUUUAAAUGUCCACUACUGCAGACAGCUGAUGAAAAAGCCAUUGGUUUCUGGAUCUGAUAUUGGGAUAUGGAAAAUGCACAGUGAUUUUUCUUCCCGCCACUUCAUAUAAAACCCCCAGCGUCGCUGAAAAAUGCCAGUGUGAAUGUGUCGUACCCCUAUAGCAGACACUCAUUACAUGCAUCAGCAACUUUUAACAACUUGAAUGUGGCCUGGCAGGUCUGAUAUUACCGAGAUUGACUGGCUCUGUUUGUUUCCACGCUUCAAUCUGUCCCCCAUCACUGGCUGCGGCAUUGAAUUUUGCAGGCAGGUUGACGUUUACAUCGAGACGCACUGAGACAUACACUGAGUGUGCAAAAUAUUAGGGCCACCCAUGAGAUGGUUAGUUGCACGCCGUUUUCCACAACCCAUCAGCUCAAGGCUUAAAAAAUCUGUCUUUAUCCUCUUUCCCUACCUGUGUGACUGAACUGUGUGUAAUAGGUGAAAUCAAUUAGAGGUUAUGGCUUUCCCCUGGAUUUACUUGGUCAGCAUGUUUCAUGGAAACAGCAAGCGCUCCUAAUAUUUGCUAUACUCAGUGUAAUACCUUUUUAUGAAAAAUGCACUGAUUGCAACCUAUCGGAUCUGUAAGGGCCCCCAGUCGUGCUUUCCCUGCAGUGGCAGCGUGGUGGCAAGUUGCUUUACAGGGGUACGCUGAAUUAUUUGUCUACAUUAGCUUUGCAGUGCUCUUCAAAGAAAACAUUAAUGCAACAUACCGAGCUUGAAAGAAAUUAUAAGUUUGUAAUGAGCAAGGAAUUUUUCCAUAAUAGGCUUUCUGUCACGUAAACCAUUAGGACAUGGUAACGAGCGCUUGAGGUAUUAUGCUAUUAUUGUGUAGGUAAUGGGAAAUGCUAUCCUCGCCCCAUUUUAUAACCCUUUUAAAAAGUGUAGCUGCGUAAUGAGAUGGCUUCAAGUUAUUUUUUUUUUCUCCCCCUUCAUUACUCAUUUCAUUGUGCUUUUGUAGCCCAGUAAAUCUUGUAACUUGAUGGACUUAGGCACCUCAACCGAAGCACACCUGUUCUUUUUUUUAAUUUUUAUUAUUAUUAUUUUUUUUUUUAAAUACAGAAGUUAUCUGUAUCUUUACUGUGAAACUGCACUAUGGAAAUCGUGCCCUCGCCUUGCCUUCUGGUCUUUGUAGUUGCCUACCAUUCUCUGCCAAACUUCCUCAUUGGGUUUGAAUUGAGAUUGUCACACUUUAUUACUGGUUUGAAAGAUUGAAAUAAAGAUUGUCCUUUUUUUUCU